GACAACACGAAAUGAAGUUUAACUCUGCUAUCUAUUUUCUAUGAGAUCGGCGCGUUUCAUGUUAAUAACUAUAGUAAAAAGAGGAUAAAUGUGCUUUUAGGUUAAUAACAGAGAUUUAUAUUAUUAUAAUCUAACUAAUAUCAUACAAAAACAUUUAAUUAGACCUUUAUCUGCGUAUAGGAUUGUGGUUAAGUUUUGUGGGUGUUAUAUUCUAAUUAACAAGAAACCUCUCAAAUCAAAUUUGCAGGAUGUCCCUGCAGGGAGCCUCUAGCACGUCCACAGCAACGGGCCCCAGAGCAUCCUCGCUGGCCAUCCCCGGACUGUCAAUGGCCGGGGGGCCCCGGGUCACCAUGUCGCCGGCCAAGCGGCAGUGGGAGCGGCUGCAGCAGGCCCUCCUGGCCCGCAAGGACCGCCUGUCCCAGUGGGUGCUGCCGCGGGCGACCGGCAUGCAGCGGGCGUCCCUGGCGCCCACCAUCGGCCUCGCCGGCCAACUGACCACCUACCAGCUGGAGCCGGAGACCCGCUUCGACUGCGACCGCGUGCGUGUCAUCAUCCAGGAGGUCUUCGUGGACAAUCUGGAACGUGUACAGUACGACGAGCUCGCGUUCAAGCGCCUCGGCGUGCAGAUCGGCGAGGAGGUGCGCUCCAGGAUCAAGCGCCUGAACUUCGACCGAUACCGCCUCGUGUGCUACGUGCAGCUGGUGCAGCGGCGAAACCAGGGCUUCUACUCGCGCGCGCGCUUCCUGUGGGACAGCGAGCGGGACGACUGCGCCUCGGGCUACUUCGAGACGGCUCACGUGUUCGCGUCCUGCCUGGUGCUGGGGGUCUACAAGGAGUAGACAUCAUUCAACGGUCAAAAUGUCAAUCUUUCAUUAAAAUUUAAUUGGAAUUUUGGACCUUGGUUUUACUAUGAACGUAUAUUAAAUAAAUGUUGCAUUU